GCCAUGUUUGAAAUUGAUAAGUGUGCAGACGACGACAGCUUGCUAAAAUCUAAGUUCAUUAUCUUUCUCAGGAAACUCAUUUGAACAAUGAAGCCAUUUGAGGUCCCUGGUGCAGAGACCAGGCUCUUGCAACACAAGGACACUGUGUACAAAUUCAGAAUCCAGUGUGCAUAUCAUGAUGGUGUCUCUGAUGUGCCACAACAGCAGAUACAGCAAGAACUGGAGCAAGUAGUGAGAGCCGUGCUGUACAUGAGAGAUCCCAGGUACAACCCGGGUCCCAUCAAAACUAGAAACUGUCUAGUGAGAUUUCAUCGAAAACCGUGGUAUAUAUCUGUUGCUGACAAACAUGGUUUUAAAAGGCAUGGAAAAGAAUUGAAGACAAAUUCUCAUUGUACCAUACUUGAUGUCUUAAUUCUAGGUAAUAAUGAAACUGAAGUAGGAUGUGGAAGUAAUGGCAGUUGUGUUCCAAUGCCCUCUAAUAAAUCAAACAGGCCCAGAAAAAACAAGAUGACUGAUGCUGAUAAAAGAACCCCUGAUGAUGAAGAGUUACCCAGCAUAUCUGGUCCAUCAAGGAAGAGAAUACAACCCCAUAUCAAAACUUCUACAGCAAGACAACAGCAGGUUGGGAAAGAUAAUACUGCAGUUGAAAGACUGGCCCCUGUUCAAGGAGAGGUUGAUCACCGAUCUACUGUUAGAAAUGAAAACUCUUCUGUAGCAGUGUAUCCCAAUACGCGAUCAAAAACAAAGGCAUACAGAUUUAAGUCUAAGGCAAAAUCUGCUGAAAUGCCUGGUAAUACUAAAACUAGUAUUAGGAGUCAAAUUUUGAGUAAGAGACUGAAGAAAGUGAAGGAAUACCGAUCAAAAAAAUCAAGAUCUGAAGCAUCUCUAAGACCAAGUGUGCAAAGCAGAGAGAAGGUGAUAUUGAAGAACAGAGCUCUUUCAUCUAGAAAUAGCAGAGGCAAAGUUAAUGAGAGGGAUGUGGCAUAUUUUGGGAGGUGGAAAACUAGGGAAAAAGCACAUAGGAAGCUUACAGGCAAUCCCCUGAAAAAUAGAAAUAGUGAGGGUCCAGCGAGUUCUAGACAUCCUGGAAGUGCUAAGAUUAAAAACAGAUUCUCCUUAAGAAACAGAAGCCACUCUUCUAGGGAUUCAAGCACUAAAAGCGACAAAUUGGAAACGAGAUCUGUAAAAUUAAGGAUUAAAAAGCAUCCACUCAGCAAGAACAAGGCACAUAUUACAAGGGCCGUUUCUUUGACUACAGACUCCAUGAGAAAUAAAGCUGAUGCAUUUUCAGUGAGCUCUCAUGUGAAGCACAAGUUGUCUGAUAAAAGCAAUAGAAAUGUGGCUCUGGAAAGACAAAGGUCUUUGAAUCACGUUGAAGUUCAAGAGAAUCGAAUGCAGAACUCGUCAGUCAUCAAACACAAAGGGACCAGAGUACAGCUACAGCCACCACCAGGUCGCAGCUCACCAAGAAAAUCCAAGUCCACACCAGCAGUGCUUUCUGACACUGACAGCAUGUAUAACCUAAGGUCUAGUUCUAGGAGAAUGCGUCCUGAUCGUCACAUCAUAGAAGUAGAGGAGCUGCAAGAGGAUAUGAAAUUGCAGCAACUGGCAAGGUAUACUAAAACACUCAUCACUCGUGACUCCAUCCAUCUCUCACACACACACACACACACACACACACACACACACACACACACACACCAGAUGACCUUUAAAGACAUCAUAUUUCAGUCAAACUCUAANCUUUUUCUUUUACUGAAUAAGCUUGUAAGGCACUGUUAUAUGUGA